ACUAUGUAGAACAGCACACUAGCUUGCAUUGCGCGCGCGCAACUGCGCAGUGUUAGUUGUCGAUCUUGCUGUAAUUUUGAAUUUGGAAGCAUUUAGUUGCAUUUUUAUACGCAUUUUACACGUGCAAGUGGGUUUUUACACAGUAAUUGAAUUUAGAACGAUCCAUAAUGCAAGGCACCCAAACCUUGGGCCUGGGGGCCAGACUUAGAGCAGGCUGCUUGGCUAUUGGAUACCUGCAUCUGAUCGCAAGUCUCGUCGACAUCGGGUGUCAUGUUGUUAUUCUAUUCCUUAUCACCAACGGCUUUCAGUGUGACAUUAGCAAAGCGAGCAUCCGCGCUGUCCAGUGGAACUGGCUAGAACCAACUCUGGCUUUCGUGAACCUUGGAACUCACGGCUUCUUUCCUUACCCAUUAACGUUCCAUUACUACAACGCGAUUCCUCUCGACUAUCUGCCGAUAGCCGAGGAUAAUCCAAAAUGUUAUCCGGGGAUGCUGCAUCUGUUCGUGCUGGAUAUAUUCAAUUUCUUGAGCAAUGCACUCUGGCUUAAGUUUGUCUUGGCAUUUGUAUCGGGCGUUCACAAGAGAGAUGCAGAGCCAGUGCGUAUGUUCUACAUAUUGUGCAUAAUGAAGUUGGCCAUCCAGUUGCUAGCGAUAGGCCUCCAAUGGGAUUACGAGAGAACCUUCGCAGCCUGUGCUUUCCAAUUUAUGGAUGUUUGUAUCGCAACUAUGUUCUUAGUGAUAAUCAAUAGAUACAGUACAUUUUUGAGAUUGGUCAAAGCGAGCAAGAACGGUGACCAACCACCAUCUUAUAUUGAAUGUCUCAUCAAUACACCAUCGACAUUGGUGGAUGAGAAAAAAGACAUUGUUUUUGUCAUAGAAGAAAAGAAGAUGGAAACCAAAGAAGAAACACAACAAAGUUGAAAAAUAGUGAAACUUCGCACUUAAGUAGAAUGAUCGAGAAGUUUACGUUAAGAAAUUUUAUUUAUCCCUAUAUGGGUAUUUUAUUUUCUCUCUAUAGUUAAAAGGGUUAAACCAACGUGUAUUGUUUUGUGUCCAUAUAUGAUUAGCAUUGUGGGUGAUACAUUAAAUAAACCCGAAAAUUAAAAGUAUAUUUGAUCAAUAAA